ACUACCCGAUAACGUGUACCUACACCAAAACACAUUGGGUGAGAAAAGAUUGCUGCCCGCCGAUGAAGGUCCUUGUGCAGUACUCAGCCCUUGAAUUUUUUAAAUGAUGAAUCCUGGAUCUACACCUGACCCGCUCCAUUUUCAUGCCCCGCUUCUUCAAGGCAUUUUCGUAAUAAAGUUUCAAAUCAAGGGCAUUUCGAUAACAUUAAAGUUAUAAAUACCACCGAUUUAACCGAUCUCUUUCUACUGUGAAGCAAGCAGCAUAAACCUGUUACCUCUCUCUCUCUAUAUUUCCUAGAAAGUCAACAAUGGCGUACGACUACCACCCAUCAAGAGCUCCCAUGGAACUCAAAGUGACCAUCUGCUCUGCCAAAGACCUCAAAAAUGUCAACUGGCGUCACGGCCCUCUCAAGCCCUACGCCGUCGUCUGGGCUCUCUACCUCAGUUGACCACGGUGGUGAUACCUGUCCCAAACUCCCAAUUGGGACAAAACACUUGUCAUCCCUCUCACCGUCCCGAUCGACGAAGCUACCCUCUACAUCGACAUCGUCCAAGACGACGCCGCCGAAGACACCAAACCCUUGAUCGGUUCCGCACGGGUCCCACUCAGGGAAAUCGUAGAUGAGGUCGGCGUUGGCGAAUCUGCUUUUCGUUCUCUCCAGCUCCGGCGACCCUCUGGACGCCCCCACGGCAAGUUAGAGGCUAAAUUGGUGGUCAUCGAUACUCGCUAUCGUGCACCGGAUCCAUACUACGCACCCUCUUAUGGCGUUCCGCCUCCACCCGCUUCUGCUUCUUCUCGGGACUACGCACCUUACGGUUAUCCUUAUGCCACUCCAUCGCCUUAUGCGGCGGCACCACCACCGCCGGGAGAAUAUACUCCGGCGUACGGUCAGCAGUCGGCCUACGGUCAGCAACCGGAGUAUGGAUAUGGCGGCGGAGCUGUGGAGGAGAAGAAGAAGAGUAAGUUUGGUGGGAUGGGAAUGGGAUUGGCUGUGGGUGCGGUUGGAGGAUUGUUGGGUGGGUUAGCAUUGGCAGAGGGAGCAGAGUAUUUGGAGGAUAAGAUCGCUGAUGACGUGGCUGAGAAGGUGGAGGAUGAUUUAGGCUAUGAUAAUGAUUUUCGUGGCGGCGACGAUGAUGAUGAUGGUGGGUUUGGUGGUGAUGACUUCUAAAAUGCCCGCGGGGUGGUGGUGUUCUUCUUCUUCUUCUUCUUUUUAUUUUUAUUUUUAUUUUUUUUAAUUUAAAUAAUUUGGGUUGUUGACAUGUUUGAUUUCUGGUCAGGAAGGAUGAAUAAUCUGUCCUGCCAUAAAAAGAUAGUAUUAGAAUUUGAUUUUGAUCGAAGAGUUCUUGGUCGCUGGAAUAUGCGGAUAUGCUUUGGUUCUUUGCAUGGUUUGGGUUUUUCACUUUAAUUGACAGUUUUGGAAUUAUUUGCUUUGA